AUGGACCAGCACUCAUAUUUUUCAUUCCUGCUACUUCUGGCAGCCUUGGUUUUCAGCAUUCAUGCUGCAGAACCAGAAGAGUGGAUGAAGUGCUUUUAUGACCCUGACUAUGAGGAGCUGCUAAAUAUUGCCAGGAAUGGUUUCAACAAGACCUCAAAGCCAAAGAUUGUUGUGAUUGUCGGGGCAGGAAUAAGUGGACUCACUGCUGCCAAGUUACUGAAAGACGCCGGACACCAGGUUCACAUUCUGGAAGCCAGUGACCGUGUGGGUGGCCGAAUAAAGACCUAUCGUGAGAAGGAUUGGUAUGUCGAUGUGGGACCUAUGCGCCUGCCCAAGGCCCACAGAAUUGUUCGUGAAUAUCUUAAGAAAUUCAACCUCACAUUGAACCCAUUUGCUCAGACUGAUAAGAAUGCCUGGUAUUUCUUUAGAAACAGAAGGGAAAAGGUGGCAGCAGUGAAUGCAAAUGGGAAUCUCUUUGGAUAUCCAUUGGAUCCCAGCGAGAAAGGAAAGUCUCCUAAUGAACUUUAUUUGGGAACACUGGACAAGGUAACAAAAAACUGCACAGCUUUGAAGGCAAAAUAUGACUCAUAUUCCAUCAAGGAAUACUUAAUAAAAGAAGGAAAUCUGAGCAGAGGGGCUGUGGCCAUGAUAGGAGACCUCUUGAAUAAACAGUCUGGAUACUAUACAUCAUUUUUUAACUCUGUAUUUGGAGAUGUGACUUUUCCAGAUGAUAACAGUUUUGAAGAAAUCACAGGUGGAUUUGACCUGCUCCCCAAUGCCUUCCUCCAAGAAUUACGCGGAAUAAUUCGCUUCAACAGCAGAGUAGAGAAGAUUGUUCGCUCGGACAGGAAAGUGAGGGUGUUUUUCCACAAACUGGAUAAAAAGGCCUUGCAAUGGCUGACUGCUGACUAUGUCCUUGUCACAUCUACAACCAAAGCUACACGACUUAUCAAAUUCCAGCCUCCCCUUUCACAUGCAAAGGCUCAUGCCUUGCGCUCCUUCCAUUAUGCAAGCUCCACUAAAAUUGCUUUGGCUUGCACAGACAGAUUUUGGGAGAAAGAGGGGAUUCGAGGUGGGAGGUCAUUCACAGACCGUCCAUCCAAAGUUAUCUAUUAUCCAAACCACAAUUUCACCAGCGGCCUUGGGGUCCUUCUAGUUUCCUAUACUACCCGUGAUGAUGCUGAUUUCUUUGUUCCCCUCAGUGAAGAAAAGUGCAUUGAUGUGGUGCUGGAUGACCUAUCACAAGUGCACAAUAUCUCCAAAGAGUAUCUCAAAUCUGUCUGCAACAGGCAUGUGAUUCAGAAAUGGGCCCUAGACAAAUUUUCCAUGGGGGCCUUUGCUUCUCCCACCCCUUACCAGUUCAGCCACUUUUUCGAGGCCUUGUUUCAGAAUGAAGGGAGGGUCCACUUUGCAGGAGAACACACAGCCCACCCUCAUGCUUGGAUUGAAACAUCCAUGAAAUCUGCGAUAAGGGCAACAAAAAAUAUUCACAAGGCCACGACGACUGUAGUGUAGCAACAAGGAAAAAUGAGCCUAUGCCACAUUCAUCUAUUUUAAAAAAGAGGAGAAAUGAUUACUCAAUUGGCCAUUCCCAUUUUUAAACCACUAGUGUUUGUGGCAGUGGUUAUGAAUGAGUAACAACAUAUUCCCUAUUCAUUCUGCUCAUAAGGAUAGACAAAUCAAGUGCCAUCCCUUGUUACCUUCUUUUAAAAACUGAAUAUCCAAAGGGUACCUUUUUGGCUUUUAAAAUCCCAUUACUGAGGAGAGGUCAUGACACCGGGGAGUUUAUACAGCCAUCUCCAUGGGCGUAGAUAUUUCCUGGCACUAUUGGGGGGGGAGGAAGAUUGUUUUUAAAUCACCACCUAUACCACAUUGGACAGGUUUACACAUUUCUGUCAGAUAAUGUAA